AUGCUCUCACAACGUACUCCGCUGCUCCGUCCGGCGGUAUGGCGCUACCUCAACCCCCAUCGCAUCUCCGCGCCAUCACCAGCCCUGCGCUCGGCAACCGCACCGCAAACCGCCAGCUUUUCAACCACUCCUUACAACCCGCUCCAGAAAGACUCUCUCCGUAAGCCCGCCGCAGACGAAACGCCAACGUAUCCAGCAUUCAGCAUGGAAGGCCUAGGCGCCAGCCGCACAGUCAAGAUUGUUAUCUAUACCGCAAUCACAAUUAUCGGGACGAUUGAGACGUAUGCAUAUGGCAAGUGGGCUUGGUAUAAGCUGUAUCCGCCGCCGAAAAAAGAAGAGGGCGGCGGUGACGCAGCUACAAGCUGA